CGGAAGGGUGUCGUUUUGGGUUCGUUCCGCCUUCCGUAGCUGCCCGAAUAGCGGCUGUUGGAAGAGAGGAGGAUCAAGGCUUGUUUUCCCUUGAACCUCUGAGACAAUUGAGGAUGCUGCUUUCUUUAGUACUUUGUGCCAUUCUGCUUAUUGCGAAUGGUGAAAUUCAGAAUGAUGAAUGGAUUGAUCCAACAGACAUGCUGAAUUAUGAUGCAGCUUCAGGUACAAUGAGAAAGCCUGAUGUGGUGAACCAAGAUGCUUCUGAAAAUAAGAAAAUACCAAGAGAGACAGUGGCAGGAGGAAAUAUUUUGGAUGUUUCCAAGUGCCAAAGAAAACUAGAUUCAACCAUUCAGAAGCUUGAAGAAUAUGAAAAGAAAGAGAAAGCCAAGUUGUAUGAAAGCAAUAGCAUUCAUGUUUUUAAGAGAUACUUGAAUAAGAUUUUAAUUGAAGCAGGAAGACUUGGUCUACCUGAUGAUAGAAUUGGAGAGAUGCAUUACGAUGCUGAGGUCAUCCUUACUAAACAGACACUGAAUGAAAUCAGCAGAUUUCUUAAUGAAGAGGGCUGGAAAUCAGCUGCUUUGGAUGAUGCACUUAGUGAUAUUCUGAUUAAUUUUAAGCAUCAUGAUUAUGAGGCUUGGAAAUGGAAGUUUGAGGAUGCGUUUGGAGUUGAUCCCUACAAUAUCUUCAUGGUACUUCUGUGUUUAGUGUGCAUUACAAUGAUCGUUGCUACAGAACUCUGGACACGCAUAGGUUGGCUAACACAACUCAAACGUGUUUUAUUUAUUAGUUUUCUCAUCAGUUUUGGAUGGAACUGGAUGUACUUAUAUAAGGUAGCCUUUGCACAGCAUCAGGCUGAAGUGGCAAAAAUGGGGAAUUUUGAUGAUGUGUGUGCUGACAAAAUACACUGGAGUGAUGGCCUUUUCGAAUGGUUUAGAAGCUCAUGGACAUUCCAGGAUGACCCCUGCCAAAAGUACUAUGAAACCAUAUUAGUAAAUCCUAUUUGGCUGGUUCCUCCAACAAAGGCUUUGGCUGUUACGUUUACCAAUUUUGUAACAGAGCCAUUGAAGCACAUAGGGCAAGGAAUUGGUGAAUUUAUUAGAGCACUCAUGAAGGAGAUCCCAGUGUUACUACAGCUUCCAGUACUAAUCAUUUUAGCUGUUGCAGUUUUGAGUUUCUGCUAUGGGGCAGGAAGAUCAGUUACUGCAUUAAGGCAGUUAACCUACCAAGAGAGACAGGAGCCUCCCUCUCUUCCACCAAGCAACUCGAAAAGACAAGAACCUAUAGUAUAUCACCAACCUAAUGGAGCAGACGGUAGAGUUAACAACUCAGUGGGGUGUAUUGAAGGCACCAAUAGAGGGCCAUUUGACAGAGGAGAUGCUUCGAAAACAAGAGAUGAGUGCCGAAAAUCUCAAGAAGGCAAGAAAAGCAGCAUUGACACUUUGCGAGCAUGUGAUGUGUUAGAUAUGCCACUUGAAGAGCAUCCCAAAGUGGCAGCCAAGAGUAACCUACCUUUAGAAGAUGAGUUGCCAGUAGAGCCAAAAAAAAAAGACAGUGAAACCCAUGGGAUUGGACUGUAUAGCGAACCGAUGGUUCAGACUGACAGAGUACAGAAAAACAGCACAGGUCAAAACCUAGGUGAAAUAAACAUAGCUGACCCAAAGAGACCACCCCACACAGAAGAACCUACAAACAGUAGUGAAAAGGAAGCAAAGCAUAACUCUGCAGAGGAUAGGGAAGUGAAGCAAGAAGAUGCUCUGGAGACAAUAGAAGGAUCAGAGAAGAGGAGUAAGAGCAACUCAUGUGAAUUAAAGGAACCCACAAAGAUGGUUAUUGAAAAUUUGAGCUUCACUGAACAAAUUCAGGGGAAUUCUGCUUCCUGAUAGACCUCCAGUUGUACCAAGGACCCCCCCCCCCCCCCUAUUUCUGUUUGUAUAAAAGAAAAGCUGUACAAGUGAACUACUUCAUAGGCUUCAGUCAACACCCAGUACUUUGUUACAUUUUAAUUAGAUCUGUGUAUUGUUCUCAAAAACCUGAAUUACGUUUAGCAGGUAUUUGAGCCCCGUACAACACUUUUAUCAUAUUGAAAAAGCAUUCUGUGUCAGAAUAAUAUUGAAAACCAGAUACACGUUUUAUAAAAAAAAUUGCAUACUUUUUGCAAGCAAAAUAAAAACUUUCAUGACAACAUGGUUUUCCUAUAUUGUUUCAUGUUCAACAGCUGAAGAGAUGGGAUUAAGCUGCACUCAAUUUGUCACCCUAUUAACAUUUUUAGCAUUUUGAAUAGUAAUUGAAAGAUAAACCAUAGGAACUCAUAAAAGCAGAAAGAAAACCAAAAAGCUUUAACAAUAGGUUGGAUCCAGCCAACAUUUCCACUGGUGAAAACAGGUGGGGUCCCCUGUGUUGACCCAGAAAGGGUCCCAUGUGGGGAGGCAAAGGUUGUUGCUAAAGAUGUGAGGUUUCUUAGCCUAUGUCAUGUUUCACCAGGGAGAAAGUGACUAAAAUUAGAUUUUGGGGGUGGGUGGGUUGAAUUUUGCAAUCCAAUCUUGAUAUUAUUCUUUCGAUUAAAGUCCUAGAUCGUGUGCCCUUAACAUAAAGUGAGUUUUCUGCCUUCUCUUUAGUUACAACAGAAAACACCUGGUGUAGCCUGUAAUUAAAAUUUAUUUUUACCAAGUUUUUUUAAAAAAACAAUACUGUUAUGAUUAAGACAUUUUAUACAGCAGAAGUUAGAAAAACACAUUGAUAUUGAACU